AUGCGGUCACUACAAAUAGCAUCCCACACGGAUUUGACAUCCCCAUGCUCGACCCCCACUGCAACGAGAGACCCGGCACAGCACCCCCAUCUCAAACCUCUUCCAGGUGUCCAAGAAGCUUUCCCACAACCCCACACCCACAAUGUCGGAGGCGCUGAUCAGUAUCGCUAUGGGAGCGAUGCUAUCAGCGUGCUUUUGCAUCAAAGCUUCUGGCGUCUCGACGACGGGCGUGCUGCCGAUGUUGAACAGCUUGACGGUUUAGACAUGUGGGUUGAGCGCUGUGAACCAGUCCUUCGUGCACGGCUUCCAAAGUCCAUUAGGACGACGCGAGUCGAGAUGUUCAAUCCCAGUAUCUUUACGAGAUCGUCUGCAUCCGCGGAUGCAUUAUACUGCAGUACCCUGUCGUAG